AUGGAGCAGGUGGCUGGGAACGCCGCAGGUGAACGCUUUGGGACCACCAUGGCUGUGCAGAGCGUCUGUGAAGACUCCUUCCGCCCCGAGGAGGCCUGUGGAGCCGGAUCCCAGGAGCCCAGGAGCCCUUCCGGUGAGGACCUGCCCUACUGCGACCUGCCCCGCUGCCCGCCGCCCCUUCCGGACCUCCCCGGGGCGGCAGCCUCCGCCGGCCAGCCCGCCGCGCACCCCGGCCUCAAGCAGGGGCCCCAGAGGGGCACGUCCCCAGCAGCAGGGGGCCCUGAGCAGGGCCCCCCGGCUGCCCCCAGCCGGUGCCGGGACCCCGAGGCAGCACCCCACUUGGAGGGCCCAGCCUGCACCCCCUGCAGCAGCUGUGACGAGGACCCCAACGCAGACAGCAGCUCCAGCUCCGACAGGGACACCCCUGAUGAGACCAGCAACUCAUCCUCGCUGGACUGGGACACUGUUGAGAGCGCGAGGGAGGUCCCCCGCCGGGACGAGCUGGCCGCGAUGAUCCCACGGAAGUCCCAGGAGGUGGCAAAGGCUGACCGUGCCCAAAGGGUCCCCAAGUCCCCAGUCAGAGGAGACACUGCAGGCCAGAGGAAGGAGGAUUCCGGUGGUGAUGGUGGCGGUGGCCAAAGCAGCGCGGGACAGCACUGGGCGAGACUCCGAGGAGAGAGUGGGUGCUUCUCCCUGGAACGGCACCGCGCGGGGGCUCCAGCCCGGGCCGCCCCCCUGCCUUCCUCUGCCCAGGCUGCUUCUACGCCCCAGGAAAACCCCCAGGCCUCCUCCCCACCUCAACUCUCCCAGAGGAACAACCCCAGGACCUCCGCCCCUCAGCAGAACGCCCCGAGAACGUCCUCUCCUUCGAGAAUCUCCUCGCGAGAUAGCCUCAGACCCUCAUCCGCCCAGCGAAGCCAGGUCCAGCUUUCCUCCUCCCUCAGAGCCUCCUCAGACAGCCUCAGAAGCGAUGCCUCGCGACGGGACGGCCCCCAAACCGCAGUGCCUGCUAGUCUUCCUCAACGGGACAGCCCCAGGGCAGCCUGUGCCCAGAGGGACACCCCCCGAGCCGCCUCUCCCAACAGAACCGCCCAGCGGGACAAGCCCAGGCUAUCCUGUGCCCAGCAAGACAACUCGAAGAUGUCCUGCGCCCAGCAGGGCAACCCGGGACCCUCCUCUCCCAAUAGAACCACCCUGCAAAACACCCCCAGGACAUCCUGCGCCCAGCGGAACAACCCCAGGCCCCCCUCACCCAACAGAACCACCCAGUGGGACAGCCCUAGACCCCCGUCUCCCCCCGGGAAGGCCCAGCGGGACAAACCCAGGACAUCCUGCGCCCAGCGGAGCAACCCCAGACCCGCGUCUCCCAGCAGAGCCACCGCCCAGCGGGACAAGCCCAGAACAUUCUGUGCCCAGCAAGACAGCCCCAAGAUGUCCUGUGCCCAGCAGCGGGGCAACCCCAGGUCCCCCUCACCCCACAGAAGCGCCCAGCGGGGCAACCCUGGGCCCCCCUCGGCCAGUAGGCCUGCCCAGGGUGACCACGCCACCCAAGGAGAGAGCCGGAAGGCCUCCUGCAGCAGGUGGGAGCACCUCCGGAACGCCUGCACCCAGCGGGAGCACCCGCAUCCCUCCUCGCCCCCGCACCGAGACAACCCCGGGGCCGGCUCUUCCCAAAGCUGCCCCCCAAAGGACAAUCCCAGAGCGGCCUCCCCCCGCCGCCCCACCCCCCACGGCAGCCCCCAAAGCUCUUCCCCCCACCGCACCAACAAAGACAUCCCCUGGGCCUCCUUCCCCCUCCGGCCGACCCAGAGCGACGGCGCCCGCACCGCCUCCCCCGCCCGCUCCAAGCCCAGCGAGGCGCCCUGGGCCACCAUAGCCCUGCGGCCCACCACGCCAGCGGAGCGGCCCCAGGCCGCGGCCCCCACCCGGCCAGCGCCGCCGCCGCCCUCGGGCUCCCCCGCCCGCGCCGCCCCCGCCCCCGCCCCCCACCCCCCGGGCCACCCCGGCGCCUCGCCCCCGCACCCCGGCUGGCGUGGGGCGCCCCACCCCUCUUCCUGCGCCGUGUGCAUCGGGCACCGGGACGCGCCCCGCGCCUCCUCGCCACCCCGAUUUCUGCAGCACGACCCCUUCCCUUUCUUCCCGGAGCCCCGGGCCUCUGAGAGCGACUGUGCCCAUCACGAGCCCCCCUACAUGCCACCUGCCGUGUGCAUCGGGCACCGCGACGCCCCCCGGGCCUCCUCGCCCCCUCGACACGCCCAGUUCGACCCCUUCCCCUUCCUGCCAGACGCGGCCGAUGGGGAAAACGAGUCUCCCCAACCCCAGCACCAGCCGCCUCAGUUUCCCCCUGCCGUGUGUAUCGGGUACCGGGACGCGCCCAGGGCCUCCUCCCCACCCCGCCAGUUCCCCGAGCCCUCCCUCUUCUUCCAGGAUCUCCCCAGGGCCAGCACGGAGAGCCUGGCCCCGUCCACCGACUCCCUGCGCGAGCCCCCCCACUUCCCCGCUCCCGUGUGCAUCGGGCACCGCGAUGCGCCCUCCUUCUCCUCCCCGCCGCGCCAGGCCCCCGAGCCCGGCCUCCUCUUCCAGGACCCCCCGGGCGCCAGCAUGGAGAGCCUGGCUCCCUCCACCGACUCUCUGCCGGGCUCCCUGCUGGGGCCCCCCCAAGUGUGCAUCGGCUACCGAGACGCGCCCCGGGCCUCCUCGCCACCCGCCACCCCCCCCAGCGAGCCGGCGCUCCUGGCAGCCUCCUCCCCUCCACCCGGGGGCAGCGCGGGCUCCCGGGGCUCCGCGCCCCCCGGAGAGACCAGGCACAAUUUGGAGAGGGAGGAGUAUGCCAUGCUGGCCGACCUGCCCCCGCCCCGGAGGCUCGCGCACAGGGAGCCGGGGCCCCCGACGCAGGGCAGCACCGGGGGCCGCGCCCGCAGCCCGGCCCGCACAGAGGUCGAACGACUGUUCGGGCAAGAGCGAAGGUGA